ACGGCCCCGGUGUUCCGUGACGCUAUAAAAGCACAGCUCGCGCUACCGUAUCGUUACAUCUUCACGGACACCGCAGCUGUAAACGCACCCGGAAGAACGAGACAAACCGCCGCGACCAUGGAUCCAUGCGAAUGCACUAAGACGGGGAAAUGCAGCUGUGGAGGCUCGUGCACCUGCAAAAAUUGUUCUUGCACUACCUGCAAGAAGAGUUGUUGCUCCUGCUGCCCAGCCGACUGCAGCAAAUGUUCCUCAGGCUGUGUGUGCAAAGGGAAGACGUGUGACAAAAGCUGCUGUCAGUGAGGCGUCCACUGCGCUGUACCUGCCUCCCCACCAUUGAAGCCCUUGUGUACUAAUGUG